AUGAUCUCUAACAAUAAUAGAAUGAAUGACGAAACCUCUAACAAAAUAAGACAAAGAAAAGUGAGAUAUGUUAAGGAUGCUUGGAAUGCAGUUUUAUAAUGGAGGGACUUGUUUGAAAAUGGAUAUUAUGAUGUUGAUGGUAAUAUUGUGUACCCGAAUUGCGAUUAGGCAGCUUUGAAGGUUGGAAUUCCAUUAAGAUCUCUUUAAGAGUAUCAUAAAACCUUUAAGUAUUGUUUUAAUUUUUAAUAGAGAAAUAUCCCUAAAUCCAUCGAGAUUGAAAGAUUUUUCAAUGAAAAGAUGGGUCAACUAAAGAAAUUUAUGCAACAAAUUAAAAAACAGUAAGCUAAAUUAUAGAAAGAGGAAAAAGAAGUUGAAUAAGACUAGGCCACUUGGGAUAAUAUGAUUAUAGAAGCAGAUGACUAAUUCUCAGUUUAAAUAGAACAAGAUGAUCAGCAGGAGCAUUAAUAAAAUUUUUAAAUGACAUAAUCUUUGGAGAAUAAUUAAUAUUGUUUUGAAUAGUGGGAUUAGGAGGAUCAAUAUAAUUAAUAUUAUGAAAGCUAAUCUUAUGAUUUCAAUGAUGAUCAUUUUAUGGGAAAUUAUCUUGAUGACCUCUUAUGA